AUGGGAAUUGCCCCAUUGGCAUGGGCAUCAUAUUCCGACACUUAUGCAACGAGACGUAAAGUUUACCUGGCUUCAAUCUUAUUAUACAUAAUAGCAAGUAUAUUAUGUGGUAUUUCACGUAAUAUUUGGUUGUUACUUGUGAUGCGUGCUUUACAAGCAUGUGGUGGCUCUUCAGUUCAAAGUCUCGGUGUUGCAACAAUAAGUGACACAUUUCAUUCAUUCGAACGUGGGACAGCGUACGGACUUUUUUAUGUUGGUCCAUUAGUUGGUCCCAUAAUGGGGCCGAUUUUUGGAGGAUAUUUGACAGAUUAUCUUGAAACUUUCCGACAUCAAAAAUCACCACCACCGUCAACACCGUGUAUUAUUAAAGAAAUUAUCGAAGAAAAAGAAAAUAUUGGUAAUGGAAAUGGAAAUGGAAAUGAUGAGAAAUUAAAAGAAUCAUUGAAUAUCAGUUCACCAACAUCACAAAGAUUUAAUCCAAUUGCUCCGUUAAAGUUAUUACGAUAUCCAAAUGUAGCAUUGACAGUAAUUUUCGUUAGUGUAGCAUUCUCACUUAUUUAUGUGGUAGGUACACUGUUGCCAAAUAUUUUUCAACAACGUUACAACCUUUCCACGUCACAAGUUGGUCUAGUGUUUUUGCCACCUGGUAUUGGAUAUAUGCUCGGUAGCAUUUUUGGUGGUAGAUAUUCCGAUUAUGUUUUAGCAAAAUCGACAAAAAAUUUAUCCGAAAAAAGUAAUAAUAAUAUGGAAUCUGGUAUUAGUAACGAAUAUCCAGAGCUCAGACUUAAAAGUGCUCUGUUAGGUGGUAUUUUGAUGCCUAUUGCUUAUGUAAUGUAUGGUUGGUUUAUUAAUUAUAAUAUAAAUUUGAUUGCUCCACUCUCCAUGCUCUUUAUAGGUGGUGCAAGCCUUAUGAUAAUAUUUAGUUCUACAUCAACGUAUUUAGUUGAUUCAUUUCCCAAGAAAAGUGCUUCGGUAAUAGCAGCCAAUAAUUUUGGUCGAUCAAUAACGACAGCUCUAAUGUCAAUUUUGGCAAAACCAUUUGAAGAUUUAAUUGGUACCGGGUGGUUGUACACUUCAAUGGCUUUAUUAUCUGUCAUCACUGGCUUUGGUCUGGUUUUGUGA